CUUAGCCCUGCCUUCCCAGACAGAGGGUGAAGUUCUCCGAACUUGCUUCCUUGAGAUUGGAGGUCCUGAGAAACUUUGUGUUGAGAUCAACGAGAUAAAUUAUAACCAGUCCUACCGGCUUUAAGUUGCCGUAAGAGUUCUGCCUGUCCAGUAACUUUCGGCUUCAUAGAGCUCAGACAUCUGCUUUUGCUGAACUGGUGCGACUCUGGUGCUUCAUUUUCUCUGUGAUUGGUCGCGAUGCAAGUGGGCGACUAUGAAGUGUUCUUGAGCUAUAGAGGACCAGACACGCGUGCAGGCUUCACCGAUUUUCUCUAUACCUACCUUGUAGAUUUAGGAGUUCGUACAUUCAAAGAUGACGAAGAUCUCCGCAUCAGUAAAGAGUUCAGCCCCGAACUAAUCCAAGCGAUUGAGCAAUCGAAGAUCUCCAUACUCAUCCUCUCUAAAGAUUAUGCUUCCAGUGUAUGGUGUCUUAAGGAGUUGACCCAAAUGGUGGAGUGUAGGAAAAGGAAGGGACAGAUAAUUUUGCCCAUCUUCUACAAUGUCAAACCAUCCAUGGUUCGAGACCAAACCGGAUGUUAUGGUAAGGCCAUUUCUUUGCACAGGCAGCGAUAUGACGAUGAGACCGUCCGACUGUGGACGGCUGCUCUCCGCAAGGUUACAGAAUUGCGGGGAUUCGACCUCACAGCUAACAGUGUUCCCAGAGAAGCUUCAUUCGCCAAGAAAAUUGUCGAAUACGUGUUGAGUAUAUUGAAGAGGAGAAACUUUGUUGGAAUCGAGCAUCAUGUGGAGAGAGUUAUGGAAUUACUAAAUGUGGAAUCUAGUGAUGUUCACGUAGUUGGAAUACAUGGCAUAGGGGGCACUGGGAAGACAACGAUUGCAAAGUUAAUCUACAAAAAGAUAUUUCAUCUCUUUGAUAGCUUUAGCUUUCUGGAGAGCGUUAGGGAAAAUGCAAAAAAACCAGGAAGCUUAGUCAAUUUGCAAGGUCAGUUGAUUUCUGACCUUCUAGGUGCAAUGCAUAGACAAAUUCCUUCUGUUAAUGAUGGGAUUAAGUCCAUUAGAAGCAUAUUCUUCCACAAGAAACUUCUCAUUGUUCUCGAUGAUAUUGAACCAAGCUUGGAACUUGCAGAAAUUAUAGAAAGUCUUGAUUGGUUAGGCUCUGGAAGCAGGAUCAUAAUUACCACCAGAGACGAACAAGCUUUAAAUGAGCUUGGAGUGUCCCUGAAAUAUAAGGUCGGGGGAAUGCAACCACAGGAAGCCCUUAAACUUUUCCAUGUCCAUGCCUUCAGGGAGAAAUCUGCUCCAGAUGACUUUGCUACUCUGUCCGAAAGAAUAGUAUCAACUAUUGACCGCCUUCCUCUGACUAUUGAGGUUGUCGGGUCGUAUCUAUUUUCUAAAAGCAAGGAAGUGUGGACACAAACAUUAGACGAGUUGGAAAACGUACCUGAGCUGCAGGUUCAACAGAAUUUGAUGGUAAUCAUCAAAGCAUUACCUGAGAAGCAAAGACAGAUAUUUUUGGACAUUGCUUGUUUCUUCAUUGGAGAGUACAAAAGUGUUGCAUGCCACCUAUGGUCUGACCAUGAUUCUGCUGGCGAACUGGAAUUAGAGGUGCUCGUCCUCUGGUCUAUUGUUAAGAUUGAAAAUGAUAAGCUGUGGAUGCAUGAUCAACUUCGAGACCUAGGUAGGAAUAUCCUCCAGCGGGAAUAUUCUGAAACUGGAAAGCGCAGUAGAUUGUGGAUUCACGAGGAAGCCUUGGAUGUGCUGAUGAAGGAAAAAGUAAGAUCCAAGUUCAUAAUGUACUUGUUCAUAACUGCUUUUACCUUUGAUUUUGCUGAAGAGCUGGGUUCCCUCAUAUCCUUGGAGGAGAUUCUUAUAGAUGGAACUGCUGUUCAAGAAAUUCCUGCCUCCAUUGGUCAUUUGCAAAAUCUUGGAAGAUUCAGUGCCUACAACUGUCUUUCAUUGAUCCAACUGCCCGAAUCAAUUGGCCAUGUAGAAUCUUUGAGAGUCCUUGCAUUGAAUGGUACCAAAAUAGCUAAACUUCCUCUGUCUAGAGAGUUACAAGUGCUACAACACUUGUCAAUAAAUCAUUGUUGGUCGAUAUUGAAGUUACCAACAUCCUUGGGGACUUUGGCUUCAAUGACCAAACUUGAUCUAUCAAGCACUGCAAUUGUCGAAUUACCUGAUGAUGUCAGUAAGUUAAAUCUUCUAACAGUACUCAAAAUUGAUUUUACUUUUGUAAGAAAGCUACCUAGCACUAUAUGGACAUUGAAGAGGCUUGAAGAGCUGCACGCUUCAAGAUGUCGAAGUUUGGAUGGGGAAAUUCCUAGGGAUAUCGAGAUGCUUUCUGCAUUAAAGGUCUUGAGGCUUGGAUACUCUCAGAUUUGUGGUCUACCAGAUAGCAUUUCUAGACUUCCCAAUCUCCAAACACUUGAUCUGCUUCAUUGUGACCAGCUCCGUGAAGUGCCCAAGCUUCCUCCCAGUUUAAUAAGCCUAUUCGUCAGUUCUAAAUUGAUGCACAAGAUCCCAGACAUCGGUAACCUGGUUAAGUUGGGAGAGUUAUUCUUGGCUGAUGGGUCCCAGGAGCCAGUAUUGCCUAUUGAAAGUCAAAUUGAGUUGAAACGAUGCACUGAUUUGCAGCUUUGGAGUUUGUUAGAGCUAAAGAUAUUGCAGCUAUCUGUGUUAAAGAUCCAACCGGUUGGGUUGCAUUACCUUAUUAAGCUCAGGAAGCUCUCCCUUUGCUGCAUUCACUUGGAAGAGCUACCACAACUUCCUCCAGGUUUGUCCACUCUAUCACUUCACCAUUACAAGUUGUGGACAGGAUUGCCAAAUCUUUCGCAUUUGGAGUUUCUAUCAGAAUUCGAGCUUUUCAACUGUGCGGUAAAAGAAGUUGCAGGCCUCGGGGAGUUCAAAUCCUUGCGAGUUUUCAGAAUAUCUCACUGUAACUUGCAGCGGCUGGAUGAACUGGAGAACUCAAUAUUUUUAGCAUCAUUGAAUGUAUCAUACUGUCGAAGUCUUGAGAAACUACCCAAUUUAUCAAAUCUAAAGAUGCUGAAAGACAUUAAAAUCAAGGACUGUCCGAAGAUUCCUGAUAUUAGAAGUGUCGAACACCUGAAAUCCUUGGAGAAGCUAAGCAGUUCAACAACUGAGGCAGAAAGCUCAUCCGAGGUAACCAACUCUGCUGAUUUUCCCACUAGACUGCAUAGAUGGAGUAUGGCACUUGAUAAGCACGUGUCAUGUCUGGAAUUUUUAUAA